AUGAGCAGCCCUAACCACUCCACCCCCGCGCCGCUCCCCGCCACUACCACCUCCACCACCACCUCAGACGACGCUAGACACGAUUCUCCAGCGCCCCGCUCCGGCGCGCUCCCGAACACGUCGACGGACGCCGCUCCCGAACCUUCGAGCGCCCCCGCGCCGCCCCCGGUGAACCUCCAGGCCUUUACCGACCGCGCCCUGCGCUUCCUCUCCACCGCCACCAACGAGACGCUUGGCGCGUGCUUGGUCGGUCUGGGAGCAACCACGUACCUGGUGCUGGGCAGAGUGGGACUUGUCCUCAUCGGUGUCGUCGGAGGCAUAGUACUGCAUGCGCAGUGGGAAGGUGGUGGCCUACACGGAGAUGGCGCCAGCCGGGCCGCCGAGGAGAAGAGACGCAAGGACAUCGGCCUGGACGUCGUACACAGAGUUCUGAAAGCUAGGAAUUCCGCAAAGGAAGAAGAAGCUGCGGAACGGCGAAAUGCAGAGGUCGAUGUUCAGCUCUUCUCCGGGAAGCAGCUCGAUUAUUCGGCUUUCCGGCCGGAGACAGGCGCCGCGCUCAACGAGCUGACGGACGCUGUCAUCAAGGAAUAUGUCAAGUGGUGGUAUAAUCCCAUCAUCCCCGGCGAAUUCGCUUUCCCCGCCGCUUGCCGCAACACGUUGGCCGCCUUCAUCAUCUCAGUCUCCAACCACCUUUCCCGGAAACGACCUGCUGAUCUGUUCCUUGAAUUCCUGACAAACUCCUCCGCAAUUGUAAUCGUUUUCCUGCACGAACUUUCCGGCGCCUUAGCAUCAUCUCCGAACACACCGCCGGCCGAGGCGGUUCAGAAUUACCUGAAACUGAAGCCGGACUGUAACCUCGCCAGUGUGUUGGACCGGAAGCAUCAGGCAAAGAAGUUGGACAUGGUCGCAGAUGAUGUCCUCGAGAACUAUCUGGAAUCAAAAACUUACAACUGCAAGCCUGCGAGGGUAUUCCUGAGGGAGAUUUUGGCAAAGGUCGUAUUGGACAUGACCAUCACUUCCUGCUCGACACCCGAAUGUAUCAAUGGUUGGAUAGUGUACUUUUUGGAAGAAGGCGAACCGGAGUUCAUGAACGCCAUAGAUGCGGGUGUAGAGGGUGCCACUGGCCAGCCCACGAGCAAGAGCCAGGGAGAAACCAAGCAGCAAGCGGCCGAGCGCGAAAAUGCUGCUGGCUCCCCCAGCGAGGAGGGCACCGAAGACUCGAAGAAGCACAAACGCACCGUUAGCAGGGCGCAGGACGCCAUGGACGAUGCGAUGAAAGAGGCACAGCGCCUCACGCAGAUGAUUGUCGAGGACGACGCUCGCAGGCUGCGUGAACAACUCGACAGGGAGGAUACAGAGAAGGAUAAGGGAAAGUCGAGUACGAGCUUCAACGACGACAUGUCCGAAAGCACCACGCAAGGUGUAGCCACCCCCAGCUCUUCCCAGAGCGACCACAACGACGACCGCCGGGCUUCUCUGCAGGACUCCACUUUUAUGAAAAGCCCCAACGAUUCCAUAACGAAAGCGACGAACCCAUCAGAAAAGACAAGCUCAAAAGAGCCGCAAAUCUCUUCCCCGUCGUCGAAGCGCCAAACCUUUACGAGCUUCGACCAAAUUGUGACUGAGAAAACGCCCACCGCGUUAGGAGGAACUCCGCAGGAAAUCCCCAAGCCUCCUCCAUUGACCUUGCAUAAUGCCAACAUUGCCAUCUUCGACGAUGCGACGCCGGGAGACAAGUCCACCAUCAAGUCGAAACCGGUCGGCGAUUAUCUCAUCCAGAUCGAGCCAUCGACAUCGCACCAUUCCGGAUGGAUGAUUGCUAGAAAGUACGCUGACUUUGAGACCUUGCACGAAGUGCUUAAACGCAUUUCGAUUGUCUCGGGCGUGCCAGGCUUUACCGAAGCGCAUUCCAAGCUGCCUUCUUGGAAGGGCCAUACCAAGUCUUCACUGCGCGGUGAACUCGAAAGGUAUCUCAAUGACGCCAUGUCGUGGCAGCCCCUUGCUGAGAGCGAAGGAAUGAAGAGAUUCCUUGAGAAGGAGCGUGGUCUGGACGGAUCGCCUGUACUCACCAAACCAGGCUUCGGCUGGCCGACGCCGUCGGCGUUCGAAGCAAUGGGUAAGGGCAUGUUUGACGCUCUUGCCAAAGCGCCCAAGGAAGUCGCUGGAGGAGGAAAGGCCGUGUUCGGCAACAUCACCGGCGCAUUUGGAGCCCUGGGCCCGAAGCGGAAGACGACCAUUAGCAAGUCCGCCGAAAACAGCGGACCCGAGCAAUCGACGCCGACGCCGAGCUCCAGGCACAAGCGGGCAGAGAGCACCGUGUCGGAGCUACCAAAUCCCACGCACAUGCGCUCGGAGAGCAUGCUUUCGAUCGCGCCGGGCCGGCGCAGCCAGGACAGCGUGCGCUCCCCUGUCACAGCCAGCCGGCGGAGCACCGACAGCCUACGCACUUCGCCCAUCAUUGACCAGCAGCCCGCACCGAUUGCGCAGAUGGAGCGCCGCCCCAGCUACCAACCAGACUUGGACGCGGAGUACAAGAUGCGGCCGACGUCAUCGUCUAGGUCGUCCGUGUACGGCCGCUCGAGCGUCGAGCACAGCCGCGCGCCUAGCCGUUCCACGUCUGCUCGCGAGAGCCUAGACAUCUCGCCUCUUAUGGGCGGAGACCAAAUCCUGAACCUGCCGCCGUUGCCGUCGGAUAUCACGGACGACUACGUCGGCGAGGGAGGCCCGUUGAGCCCGCCGCAGCAGCGCAAGCGGCGCAGCGAGGAGUCGAGGCGCUUGUCACGGGCGUCGACGGCCGCGGCGUCCGAGCCGGCGCAUGUGAACGGCGGGAGCCCACCGAAGACGACGACGCGGUCAGCGACGACGAGCACGACGGCGACGGCGACGGAGAAAGACCGGUCAUCCGUGGUGCCGAAGACGCAGCAGCCGCUGAACGAGCAGGAGACGCAGAUGGCGGUGGAGCUGUUCUUCGCCAUCAUCAACGAGCUGUACACGAUGUCGUCGGUAUGGCAGAUCCGCAAGUCGCUCCUCACGGCGGCAAAGACGUUCCUCCUGCGGCCCGGGAACCCGCAGCUCGAGAGCAUCCGCGUGCUCCUGCAAGACACGGUGCUCGAGGCGAAUAGCUCGGACACGGGCAUUGCGGGACACCUGCUCAAGCUGCGCAUGAACGCGCUGCCCAGCGACGAGGAGCGCAGUAAAUGGCCGGGGCCGAUGAGCCCGGAGGAUAAGGAGCGGUUGCGGGUUAAGGCACGGAAGCUGCUGGUUGAGCGGGGCAUGCCGCAGGCGCUGACGAGCGUGAUGGGCCAGGCGGCGAGUGGCGAGGCGUUGGGCCGAGUGUUUGAUUGCUUGCAGGUCGAGAGCGUGGCGAGGGGGUUUGUGUUCGGGCUGUUGUUGCAGGGCGUGCGGGCCGUGACGGCGUAG